AAUUGAGAGAAAAUAAAAGAAAACAAGAGUCAACAGGGAAGGAGGGGGCACGAGAAGAGAAGCUGGAGGCGGAAGCGUCUAGGCAAAUUUACGACUAUAUUGUAGCAACCAAUGAACGAAAAGGCCAAUACUAUACAGACCAAUAGCAACAGUUUGUUAAUUCACCCGCUACGCCUUUGUUGUUUCUCUGGGGCUUAACACAAACAUUCCUUUCACCAAUCAGUGACACCACCCUUUCAUUAUUGGCUUCCUCCACCCAGACGACUCUCCAAGUCCAAGUAACUUCAUUCUUCAGUUUAACCCUCUCUCUGCGUGGCUAUCUGCAGUUAACUGCAAGAUCAAUAAGCAUGGGAUGAAUACUCGGAUGCUGAUCACCAGUCUUUGAGGUUUCAUGAUGAAUAGCCGUCUUGUAGAUGAAGUGAAUUGUUGCAAGGAUUUGUUCUGUGAAUAGCUUCUGGUUCUAAAAAAGCUGUGUAUCUCCAGAAAUUUGCAAACCCAAAAUGCUUUUUCUGUUCAAGUUCCAAAAGAGACCAAAGGAUGGUUGAUGGAAGUGAUUUGGUUAUUAUUGGAGUCUCUGCUGGUUUGGCCCUUGGUAUCUUGAUAGCUUCACUAGUAUUUUUUGGCAUAAGGUGGUACAAGAAUCGUGCUCAUCUUCGACAAUGUGCAAAUGAGCGUAGUCUAACAACCCUUCCUAUACGCGUAAAUGGCUUGGAGACUAGCACUGACUUCAGUGCAUCAGUUACAAAUUCCAUAACUAUUCAUCAAUCAGAACAACCUCAGAAAAGUUCACAAUUUUUUUGGUGGAAUCAUCACAAUAAAGAUCGGUUUACAUCUACAUCAGGCAUACUUAGAUAUUCUUACAAGGAUAUUCAGAAAGCAACACAAAACUUUACAACUAUAUUGGGACAAGGUUCAUUUGGUCCUGUGUACAAAGCUGUGAUGCCUGGUGGAGUAGUGGCGGUAAAGGUUCUUGCUUCUAAUUCAAAACAAGGGGAGAAAGAGUUUCAAACAGAGGUAUCAUUGCUGGGAAGGCUGCAUCAUCGAAAUCUUGUGAAUUUGUUAGGAUAUUGUAUCGAUAAAGGACAGCGCAUGUUGAUCUAUGAGUUCAUGAGUAAUGGGAGCUUGGCAAACCUACUAUACAAUGUAGAAGAGCUAGUUUUGGGCUGGGAAGAAAGGCUUCAAGUUGCUUUAGAUAUUUCGCAUGGAAUAGAGUAUCUUCAUGAAGGGGCAGUCCCACCUGUCAUACAUCGUGAUUUGAAGUCAGCUAACAUAUUGUUGGACCAAUCCAUGAGAGCUAAAGUUGCUGAUUUUGGACUCUCAAAGGAAGAGGCGUAUGAUGGGCGGAACUCUGGUCUGAAAGGUACAUAUGGCUACAUAGAUCCGGUGUACAUGACUACAAACAAGUUCACCAUGAAGAGUGAUAUCUACAGUUUUGGCAUUAUCAUGUUUGAACUCAUUACUGCCAUCCACCCACAACAGAACCUAAUGGAAUAUAUCAAUCUUGCUGCUAUGAGCCCAGAUGGCGUAGAUGAAAUACUAGAUAAGCAACUGGCUGGAGAGUGCAACAUUGAAGAAGUGAGGGAACUAGCUGCCAUUGCUCACAAAUGCUUGCAUAAAUCGCAAAGGAAGCGACCUUCUAUAGGAGAAGUUUCACAGGCUAUAUUGAAGAUAAAACAAAGGCGCCUUGUUAAGGAAGACACUAUGUCUUUUGGCAGUCGAGAUUUUUCAAGAGCUGCAAGCAGGAUAGAGGAUCAGCAUGUGGAGUUGACCAAGAUGACCAGCAUUAAAGAGAGCAGUUGAAUGACCAGAAAUUUUCUUUGCUCAUUUUUUUUUCCAAUUUUUCCUCUCCUGUCAAAUUUCUACCAACUAAAGUACUGACCAUAGAAUGUGCUACACAACAAUAGGUAAAUGGAUCAAUGAGCUUGUUGUGUUACCUCAAUUCAUCUUGCACCAGUUAAAAUUUCAGGAAUAGAAAUGCUCUCUUUUGUGACCA